AUGAUUUCCCUUCAACCUAUCACGUCGCCUUCAAUCCCCGUCAGCGCACCGUUAUUAGACGUGUUGGCGAGACCUGGGCAAAAUGAAACUCAACCACACCGCCCCAGUCCUACGGUACCAGCACCUCUCUUCACACCGAAGAUCCACCCCCGAGUGGCCGAGGUCGCCGCAGAAGUCGAUGCCUAUUUCCUGAAGCAUUGGCCAUUUGAAAAUGGCAAAGCAAGGAAGAAAUUCGUUGCCGCGGGGUUUUCAACCGUCACCUGCCUCUACUUCCCAGUUGCGCUGGACGACAGGAUAGCUUUCGCUUGUCGGCUCCUUGCGCUGCUGUUUUUAGUUGAUGAUCUCCUAGAAGACAUGUCGCUCGAGGAUGGAUCAGCCUACAACGAAAGGCUCAUCCUCCUCUCAAGGGGAACUGCUGCACCGAAUCGUAGCAUACCGGUGGAGUGGAUCACAUACGACUUGUGGGAAGAAUUGCGAGCUUGCGACAGAGAGCUGGCAGAUGAAAUACUGGAACCCGUGUUUACUUUUAUGCGGGCACAAACCGACAAGUCUCGCCUCGACAUUAAAGAGCUGGGAGAGUAUUUCAAGUACCGUGAAAGGGAUGUUGGCAAGGCACUGUUGUCUGCUCUGAUGCGGUUCAGCAUGAAAUUGCAAGUCAGCCACGAGGAACUACAAAGUGUUGAAGAGAUUGAGAUGAACUGUUCCAAGCACAUCUCGGUCAUCAAUGAUAUUUACAGUUGGGAAAAAGAGUUGAAGGCUUCCCAGACGGGCCACAAAGAAGGCUCAGCACUUUGCUCCUCCGUUUCCGUUCUAUCUGCUGGUGCGAACUUGGAAUAUUCAGCAUCCAAGCGUGUUCUUUGGGCUAUGUGCCGAGAGUGGGAGUUCGUCCAUGAAGAACUUGUUGAAAAAAGGUUGUCAUCGUCUCAGCCGUGCAGUACUAAUUUGAGGGCCUUCAUGAAGGGUUUAGAGUAUCAAAUGAGUGGCAAUGAGGCAUGGAGCGAGACUACCCCAAGAUAUCACUCAGUCUGA